GGCAGCUCAUAUCGAUUAUCCACGCCGGUUAUUAAACGUGUGCGACUCAAAGUCUUUUUAAUUAUUUAAUUGUAAAAAUAUUGCUUUUAUCCAGAUUGUGCUAGUUGCCGUUACAAUAACAUGAUAAUAGCCUAACGUAUGUUGGCCGGUAUUUUUACAUUGCACUGAUUUGGCCUGAAUGUCGCCCUACCAUGCAGAGUACGAAUCGCAAAUCUAACUGAUCAAAACAUAUACGUUAAACGCCGGCCCCAAUUGUCUCCAAGGACAAUGGAUCUUUUGUGUUCUGAGAGCAUAGUUUAUGAAUCUGAUUCGACCUUGUAUCGCUUGAACACACAUCAACAAAAUAUGGGUUUGGGGGCGCGAAGUGAACCCACCUCCAAGUGCUCCUCCUUCGGUGCUCCAACAAAUAGUGAUGUGGACGCCGAUGUAGAUACAGACGUCGACGCUGUGGAAAGUCCUGAUAACUUGUCCCCCAAUGCAGUUUUGUGCCAGAUGAAGGACUAUGUGUAUAUUUAUGCAUCCGUGGACGUAGACUCCUCAGCCACCACACCAAAAACUCAAUCGCUGUUGCCGCCUCCUCCUCCUCCCCCUCCUCAACAGCAGCAACAACAACAAUAUGAACCUGCUGCAAUGACACCAUCUCUGCAAAGAGUUACCCAUUCCACACAGGAAAGAACAGCAUCACAGCAACAUCAUCUGGGCAAAGCGACUCCCGCAACAGUCAGCGUUAAUAUGGCCAUCGGGGAUCCCACAUUUUUCACCGAUCGAUGUCUGGAAAAUGCGCUGAAGGCUGAGGAGAAGCAUAACCAAAUUGUCGAUACGUAUUUCUUAACGGUCCAAAAGGAUAUAACGCCGGCCAUGCGAAAAAUUGUUGCCGAGUGGAUGAUGGAGGUAUGUGCAGAGGAGAAAUGCCAGGAGGAAGUGGUCCUAUUGGCUAUAAAUUACAUGGACCGAUUCCUGUCCAGCAAAUCGGUGCGCAAAACCCAUCUUCAGAUUCUAGCUGCCGCCUGCCUCUUACUUGCUUCAAAGCUGCGCGAGCCCAGCUCGUACGCCCUGUCCGUGGACCUGCUGGUUGUUUAUACGGACAACAGUAUAUACAAGGAUGAUUUGAUCAAGUGGGAGCUGUAUGUGCUGAGCCGCUUGGGCUGGGACCUCUCCUCGGUGACUCCCCUAGACUUCCUUGAGCUCUUGUUAAUGCGUUUGCCCAUAAAACGGAAAAACUUCCCAGAGAUAAAUAUUGGCAAGAUACGGGGACAUGCCCAGGCAUUUAUUUCGCUGGCAGCAAAAGAACAUAAAUUUGCCAAGUACUCGGCCAGCACUAUAGCUGCAUCAAGCAUAGCGGCCUCCAUGAAUGGCCUCAAAUGGCAUCUGUGCUCCGGACACAACUUGCACUUUCUCUUGAGCCUGAUGACGGACUUGACCAGCGUGGAGCAGGAUCAGCUGCAGGAUUGCAUGCUGCAUAUGGAGGCCAUUUUCAAGGAGCACAGCCAAAACUUGCAGCCGUUUAUUGUGAGCAUAGAGCCGCCCCCUCCCCCGCCGCCGACGCCGCCCCAACAGACAUCAGCAGCACUAUACUAUCAAGGACGUUUGAAGAUACACGAAGCGCAUCAGUACCAGCAGCAGGAAAGGCCACCCAAAAUUGUAAUGGCAUCCGACUCCGUGGAACAGCAGCACCAGCACCAACACCAGCAUCAGCAUCAGCAGCACUGCCUCAGGAAUGCCCUGUCCUCCCGAAGAACACAAACGUGCAAAAUGCAGGCGCAGGCUCAGAACGAACUUAAGGAUGUGACAUUUUGAGCGGCGAUGCCAACGCUUUUGCUAAAUCAAACGAUAUUUCACUAAGCUAGUUUUUACAAAGUCAUUUAAUUUUUAAUGAAAUAGAUUUACCAGCUUUUUUUUUACUUUCUAUGAAGGAUUUACCAAUGCGAAUUCUUUUUUUAUUCUUUAACGAUACACUGUAAUUAAUUGUCGACCUUGAAACGGUUACAUUAUUCACCCAUCCCAUCCUAUGGUUAAUAAGAAUGCGUAUAUAUGAAUAUAUAUGUAAAUUACUGGUAGAUAAACAAAACACACACACACACACAUGGGUAUAUACAUAAUUGAAGUAAAUAAAACAUAAAAACGAGACUGAUUGUAUACAGUAAAGCAAAAAAGUCCUAAUUUCUGUACAUAUAUAAGCCCCAACUCCCAGCUAGCGAGCUGAAAUAAAACCUUUUGCAUUUACAUCA